AUGGACUCAGCAAGCCCCGGUAGCUCGACGGCCUUCUCGGUCUCUGCAAAACACAUUCUGCUCUCUGAGAUCCUCUCGGUCACGUCUGUGAUGCGCAAGAACGCCCGCUGGGCUCUGUCUACGCCCUCGGUCACCUCACGCGACUCUACAUUGGCCAGUAGCCUGGGACUUAGGGUAAACAGAACGGCAAUCAAUGCCUACGCGUCAGGGCGUGGAAGUACGGGGCAGGAGCUCAUGGCGGGCUUCCAGGAUCUCAAACAUCUCGUCAAGGACAUCGAAGACAUACAUUCGCUGCCUCUCAGCACUCUCCUCUCGCCGUUUCUUGCUAUCAUUCGCUCGUCGCUGUCUACCGGACCAAUCACUUCUGUUGCCCUCACCGCCCUACACAACUUCUUCCUAUGUGGUCUCGUCCACCCUGAGGCAGCAUCACUACAAAGCGCAUUGGCAGAGCUGAGCAGUGCGCUAUCUAGCUGCAAGUUUGAAGCUAGCGACUCGUCGGGGGACGAGGUAACCUUGCUCAAGAUCAUGACCGUGAUCCAGGAUGCCUUGUGCGGAAGUGUGGGGAGGAAGCUGGGGGAUAUCGAGGUGUGCGAGAUGUUGGAAACUGUCCUUACUACGUCAUGUCAGAUGCGUCUUAGCGAGGUACUUCGGCGAUCGGCAGAAGGAAGCCUACACCAUCUGGUAAGGACGGUCUUCCUACGCUUAUACGACCUCGACCCCGAGGUCGAAGAGCGGAAACUGGCCGACAACGGCGAUCUGGAAGCCGAGAUGAAGAUGAGCGUGUCUGCGUCCGGUCCAUUACCGGAUGAACCUGUGGGACCGGAAGACCAGGUUACUGAGGGUGAACACCAAUCACCCGAGGUCGCUUCGACAUUGAUUGAAGAACAACCUCCCGAGACACCAAGCGGUCCCCGUCCUUCAUACGGUUUGCCCUCCGUGCUCGAACUGUUACGCGUCUUGAUCAACAUCCUCGACCCUAAUGACCAGGCGCAUACAGACUCGACGCGUCUUACCGCCUUGCGUACCCUCAAUGUCGCCAUUGAAGUCGCAGGCACGCGUAUAUGCGCAUACCCAUCCCUCUCUACCCUCGUUCUCGAUCAUGGUUGCAAGUACCUCUUUCAACUUGCCCGCUCAGAGCACCCCGUUGUCCUUCAGACUGCCCUACGAACCAUUGCAACGAUGUUCGAGACUAUGCGGCUCAAACUGAAGCUCCAGCAAGAGCUCUUCCUUGCCUUUACCAUGGACCGACUCGCGCCUCCCCCUGCGCCCUCGAAUAAGAACUUGCCCUUGGCGCAGAAGGCGCUCACCGGAUCCCCUCGACCUGGCACACCUGCGCCCUCUACACCUCAUCUUGGGCCUCCACCUUCGGAAUUUGAGGAUGAGAAGGCGCCUUCCACGCCACGCCUCUUAGUGCCGCCUGCGCGAGGGGAUACGCGUGAGCUGCUGCUGGAGACUCUGUGCCAGAUCUCUCGUCACCCUAGCUUCAUGGUCGACUUGUACGUGAACUAUGACUGCGACAUGAACUGCGAGAACAUGUUCGAGCGGCUGGUGGAGUUCUCUGCAAAGGGCAUUUACCCGGUACAGAACCUAGGCGGACACGAUUAUCAUCUACAGAACUCCCAGUUCCUCUGCCUGGAUUUGAUUCUUGCGUUUGUGGGACGCAUGGCUGCGAGGGCUGAAGGUGCGGCCGAAGCAUGGCCUGAGGCCUUCCCACAUGCUGGCGAACUGCGGCACACCAAAUCAAAGAAGAGGCUCAUCCUUACCGGUGCGGCGCGGUUCAACGCGAAGCCAAAGACCGGCUUAGCCUUUUUGGAGGAGAACAAGCUCAUCUAUAGCGACCCAAACGAGCCUCGUCCUCUCAGCUUGGCUAAGUUCUUGCGGAACUCUGCGCGUAUCGAUAAACGGCUACUUGGGGACUUCAUCUCGAGACCAGACAACAUCGACGUGCUGAAGGAGUUCCUGAGACUCUUCGACUUCAAGGGUAAACCUGCCGUGGAGGCAUUGAGGGAGUUGCUGGAGAGCUUCCGUCUACCUGGAGAGUCUCAACAGAUUAACCGGAUCGCGGAGACCUUCGCUGAGGUGUACUUUGCCACUGAGCCUGAGGGCGUCAAGUCUCAGGAUGCAAUUUAUGUCCUGACAUACUCGAUCAUCAUGCUCAACACGGACCAGCACAGUCUGCAAGUGCGGAAACGGAUGACCUUGGAGGACUAUAUGCGCAACUUGAAGGGCGUAAACGAUGGCUCGGAUUUCGCCAUGGACUAUCUGCAAAACAUCUAUGACUCGAUCCGGAAACAAGAAAUAGUCAUGCCCGAAGAGCACACGGGGCAACUUGGCUUUGAGUACGCGUGGAAGGAGCUACUAGCCCGUACACGACAAUCAGGCGACUUCUUGAUGUGCAACACAGCUCUGUUUGACGGAGACAUGUUCAAGGCUGUCUGGCGUACCGUCGUAUCCGCCAUCGCCUAUGCGUUCAUCACAUUCGACGACGACUACAUCAUCGAGCGGGCGAUCACUGGGUUCCGGCAGUGUGCUACCCUUGCACGUCACUUCGACAUGCCUGAUGUCUUUGACUUCGUUGUGGUCUCCUUGUCCCAGGCGACAUCUCUUCUGUCCGACGCUCAACCAACGCAAGUGCCGAAUUAUCCUGUGCUGGACGUGGACGGACAGCCCGUCACCGUUUCGUCGCUUUCCGUCAAGUUCGGGACCAACUUCAAGGGUCAACUUGCUGCCGUUGUGCUGUUCAACAUCGUCAACGGUAACGCGAAUGCGCUGCGCGAGGGAUGGACACAAAUCUUUGAGAUGUUCCAAACGCUCUUCUUGCACUCUCUGUUGCCAUCACGUAUGCUCCAGAUGGAGGACUUUUUGGGGGGCACUUCGACCAUUCCCCUGCGGCGGAGCCAGCCUACUCGGGUGCAGCCCCGAUCUGACGGCCUUCUGUCUGCCUUGUCCUCGUACUUGAUGACGCCCUAUGCCACCAGCUCUGAUGCGCUUGUACCGGACGCAACAGAUGCAGACGUGGAGAAUACGCUCUGUACCAUCGACUGCAUCUCGACAUGUCGAUUGGACGAGCUGUAUUCACAGAUCAUGCAGCUUGAGCCUGAAGCUCUAGUCGCCUCGGUUCGCGCUUUGGAGGCUCUCGCUCAUGAACGCACGGUCGCAAGGUUGAAGUUGGAGUCGGAUGAUGUCUCGGCCGCUGGCGCAGCUCCAGGCUCGCCAUAUACACUACCGUAUGACCCGGCGUCAGUAUUCUUGCUGGAGACCAUGGUCAGCAUUGCGCGUCAGACACCUCAACACAUCGAAGAUGUCUGGCCUAUCGUAUUCGAGCAUCUCUCCGCCCUCCUGUCCACCCCGGCACAAUACAGCAUCCUCCUGAUUGAGCGUGCAGUCGUCGCACUCUUGAGGUUGUGCUUGAUCCUAGCCGAACGUCAUACACUCCGAGACCAGAUCUAUCUCUCAUUCGACCUCCUUGCACGACUCCCCCCUGCAGUGGCCAGUCUGGUGGCCGAACAGGUCGUCGCAGGCCUCACCCUCAUCUUACAGCAGCACCGGGCCAUCGUCCACUCACAAACAGAGUGGAACGUAGUGUUUGCGCUUCUGCGCUCAACUAUCUCGCAUCCCGAAGCUGCGAGGCAGUCGUUUGACAUCUUGGCGAGCAUCGCUACCGACACCACCCAGCAACUCGUCACUCCAGACAACUUCACGGGUUUGGUGAACGCCUUGGACGAGUUCGCGACUGUUGCGGGGAUUGCGGUCGACGCGCAACAGCAAGGCCGGCGCACCCAAUCGUUGACCGCUGCGAACUCUCCUAUUGUGGAGCGAGGCCGGAAAGCAAUCGACAUGGUUGCAGAUCUGAAGAAGUUCUGGGCGCAUUUCUCGGAGACCGCGGGCUUGAACAAGAACCACAUCUGGAGACAGUUCGGCCUACCGCUCCUGACUUCGCUCGCUCGCCAGUCGUCCAACACCUCCCGGGAGAUCAGACAUGCCGCUUUGGUGCACCUGCAGCGCAUCCUGCUCGGCCCUCAUCUUCCUAUAGACGAGACCAACCACGGACAGAUCGAAGACGUCUUCAAUCGCGUCCUCUUUCCGCUCUUGGACGAACUGCUCAAGCCGCAAACGCUCAUGCGUGACCCGAUGGGCCUGCCCGAGACGCGCCUGCGUGCGUCCGCGCUCCUCUGCAAGGCGUUCAUGCAGUUCGAGGCGCGUGAGGGCCAGACGGCCGACAUCCGGGUCCUGUGGAUCCAGGUGCUCGACUUGCUCGACAGGUUGAUGCACGUUGAUCGCCGUGACCAACUGUACGAGGCCGUGCCGGAGUCCUUGAAAAACGUGUUGCUCGUGAUGAACGCGACUGGGCUGCUGGUGCCGCCGACCUCGCCUGAGGAUGUGCGCAACGAGCGACAGGCGUCCGUAUGGGCAGCGACGCACGAGCGCAUCGAGCGGUUCUUGCCUGGCUUCUUGGACGACAUCGUCCCCACGCCCCCGCCACAGCCCGCCGAGCCUCCCGCAUCGCAGCCCGCACCCGUUCCCAGCUCAUGACGCGCCC